CCUAUAGCGAUUUUCAUCGACAACCAAGCGGCGCUAAGAUCAGGUGAACUUUUCUCGACUAAGCCAGGCCAUUACCUGAUUGACCAUUUUCGUAGACUAAUAUCCAGAGCGAAACGAACGAACAGAGACCCGGACUUCAAAGUAACGCUACAUUGGAUAUCAGGCCAUGACGGGGUGCCAGGGAACGAAGAAGCAGACAAGGAAGCCAAGAGGGCAGCAAAAGACAAGAGAGACACCAGCAACCGCAAUAAACUCCCUCCAUUCCUUCGAAAGAACUCUCUCCCAUGUAGUAUUUCGGCACUGAAACAAGCGCAAAGAACGGAGUCAGCCGCACGAUGGGCAAGAAUAUGGGCCAAGUCGCCCAGAUAUCAAAGAGCGGCAGCAAUCGACCCCAACCUUCUCUCAGGAUCGUUCAUCAAAUUGGUCAAAGGUUUACCCAAGCGUCACGCCUCCUUACUGCUAUGGCUACGCACCCGUCAUAUCUCACUCAACGCACACCUCCACAAGAUCGGCAAACACGCAAACCCAGAUUGCCCGCAUUGCGCUAAUGUACCAGAAACAGUAGAACACUAUGUCCUCGCAUGCCCC